GCCUAGUGCUGAGCCCAGCAAGCUGAGAGCUACAGGGAGGUCUGCGAGGGCUCUGCCACACCGUCCCUGAGCCAUGGUCUAGGAAGCACCGGGACCAUGAAGGGCUUAGGAGACAACAGAAGCCGCCAUCUCUCCGAAAACCUGGACUCCCCUCAAGACUCUCUUUAUGCCCCCCAGGACAGGAACCCUUAUCUCCUCAGCCCCACCGACUCCUUCACCAUGGAUCCCCGAUUCCCGGCCCAGAACACCGUACACGGAGACUGUCUCCUGCCGCUCAACAACCAGAUCUCCAACAGCAGCACUUUCCCCCGCAUCCAUUACAACUCCCACUUCGAGGUCCCGGAUGAAAACCCUUUUCCGAGCCACGCCCAAGCCACAAAGAUCAACCGCCUGCCUGCCAACCUCCUCGACCAGUUUGAGAAGCAGCUGCCCAUCCACAGGGAUGGCUUCAGCACGCUGCAGUUCCAGCGGAGCGACGCCAAGCACCGGAGCGAGAGCCCGGGCCGCAUCCGGCACCUGGUGCACUCCGUGCAGAAGCUCUUUGCCAAGUCCCAGUCCCUGGAGGGCCCCGCCAAGGGCAACGUGAACGGGAAGAAGGGGGCAGAUGACACCAAGCAAAACCGGAGGAGCAAGAGCAAGGACCGGGCAAAGACCUCCGAGCCCAAGCGCAGGACCAGGUCCAACAUCUCGGGCUGGUGGAGCUCCGAUGACAACCUGGACAGCGACACCUGCAGCUACCGCAACCCCAUGGGGCUGAUGACGCUGGGCCGGCAGCCCGACCACAGCCAGCCAAAGUACUUCAUGCACGCCUACAACACCAUCAGCGAGCACAUGCUGAAAUCCUCCAAGAGCAAUAACGACCUCAAGGUCACCCCUUGCACCAAUAUCCCCAUCAACAACGACUCCAACUACAUCAAGCGGGGCUCCUGGUCCACGCUGACACUCAGCCAUGCCCGGGAGGUGUGCCAGAAGGCCUCCGCCACCAUUGACAAAGCCUUGCUCAAAUCCAAGUCCUGCCACCAGGACCUGGCCUACCACUACCUGCAGCCUGACGCAGGGCUGUGGGCACAGCUGGGUGGCACGGGCCUGGCCAGCAGCUGGGCAGCGCCACCGCUCGGCUGGGAGGACACGGCUGCCCCGCAGAGCUGGGACCAGCCCCUCAGCCCCGCGCCGACCGACGCAGGCAGCGCCCAGGUGCCCCACGGGGAGUGGAACAGCACACUGUCCCGGGACAAGGACAGCGAGAUCCCGUGCCGGCGCAUGCGCAGCGGGAGCUACAUCAAAGCCAUGGGGGAUGAUGACAGCGAGGACUCAGAAACCAGCCCCAAACCAUCCCCAAAAACUGCAGCUCGGAGGCAGAGUUACCUCAAGGCCACACAACAGUCCCUGAGUGAGCAGAGCACCACACAAAGGAGCCUGGACCGCCUGGACUCUGUCGAGAUCCUCCUACCUCCGAAGUUCCCCACCUGGGAGGAAGAAUACAACCAGAUCUCUGACAGUGCCAACGAGUCCAGCUGCAUCAACCAGAUCUUUGGACCCCCCUCACUUAUCCCUCAGAUAUUUACCCAUGGAGAGCAGGCACCCGAGCCGGAGCUGGGGGAGCAGUACGAGCCCGUCUGCGACUCCACCUACAGCGAGGCCGAGUCGGCGGCUGCGGAGGUGCUGGACCUGCCUCUGCCCAGCUACUUCCGAUCCCGGAGCCACAGCUACCUCCGCGCCAUCCAGGCGGGCUGCUCCCAGGAGGACGACACGGGCUCCGUCCGCUCCAUCUCCCCGCCGCCCACGGGCAGCCUCAGCGGCAGCAGGACCCUGCCCACCAACAGCAGUUCAUCAUGCCUAGUGGCAUAUAAAAAGACUCCACCUCCCGUCCCACCUCGGACCACGUCCAAGCCCUUCAUCUCUGUCACUGUGCAGAGCAGCACUGAGUCAGCCCAGGACACCUACCUGGACAGCCAGGACCACAAGAGUGAGGUCACCAGCCAGUCGGGGCUCAGCAAUUCCUCAGACAGCUUGGACAGCACCAGGACGCCCAGCGUCACCAGGGGCAGCGUCGUGACUCCAGCCAGAGACACUCCAGAGUUACCUCAGAAAAAUGCAACUUUGAAAAGUGACAAAGGGACUCUGACUAACGAAGAGCCUAAAGUGGAGAAUAUCCCCAAACGAAAGCUAUCAUCUAUAGGAAUACAAGUUGACUGCCUUCAGCCAGUGGCAAAAGAGGAGCCUCCUCCACCAGCCACCAAAUUCCAGUCCAUCGGGGUACAGGUAGAGGACGAGUGGCGAAACAGCCACUCUCGCAGCAUGUCCUCCAAACAGGACACAGACUCUGACACACAGGAGCCCAAUAACUCCAGCUGUAAAUCAUCUGAGAGAAGCCUCGCUGAGUGCCCCCAGCACAACAACUCUGUUGGUGUUGAUGCCUCCACCAGGCAACCAGCCAAGCCCUCACAGAUUAAGAGAAACCUCUCCUAUGGAGAAAACAACGACCCGGCCCUGGAGCCUUCUUCUCUCCCUCCUCCUGACCCCUGGCUCGAGAGCUCCUCCACGUCGCCGUCGGAGCCGGCGCAGGCGGGGCCCUGCCGGCGGGACGGCUUCUGGUUCCUGAAGCUGCUGCAGGCAGAGACUGAGCGCCUGGAGGGCUGGUGCCGCCAGAUGGACCAGGAGACCAAAGAGAACAAUCUCUCUGAGGAAGUCUUAGGAAAAGUCCUGAGUGCAGUGGGCAGUGCACAGUUACUAAUGUCACAGAAGUUCCAGCAAUUCCAUGGCCUCUGUGAGCAAAACUUGAACCCUAAUGCCAAUCCCAGACCCACAGCCCAGGACUUGGCUGGAUUUUGGGAUCUCCUCCAGCUGUCCAUUGAAGACAUCAGCAUGAAGUUUGACGAGCUGUACCACCUCAAAGCUAAUAGCUGGCAAUUGGCAGAGACACCGGAGAGAAAGGAAGAGAAGAAGCCACCCCCUCCAGUGCCAAAGAAGCCAGCCAAGUCCAAAUCGCAGCUGAGCCGGGACAAAGGCUCCGACUCGGACAAGCAGCGGCAGGAGGCACGGAAGCGGCUGAUGGCGGCCAAGCGCGCGGCCUCCGUGCGGCAGAACUCGGCCACCGAGAGCGCCGACAGCAUCGAGAUCUACGUCCCCGAGGCCCAGACCCGCCUCUGAGCCCAGCCACGGCCAGCCCGCGGCUUUUAUAAGUCAUUAAAUGGGAAAAAAAAGGUUCUCUCGAAA